GAAAACGGACUCAGAUUUCAUGCCCCCGCAAUGUUAUCCACCAUGUUCCCCCAGUGUGUUCCUCUUUCACCAGACCAGAGUCACCUGACUGAGCGCCAUGCAAAUCGCUCUGCUUCUAGAACGCCAUUGGCCGCUCGUAGCUCAUUUAACCGCUGUCAAGACGCAUCGUAUGGCUGCCGCUUUAACUAACUUCUCAACUCUGACAAGGAAAGUGGCUCAAAGGCGCAUUCUGUCAGUGGAUGUGAACAAACAACCGGAGAGGAGAUAAAGCACACACAGAACAUUUCUGAGACUCCCUCUUUCUUGGAUUAUGAAUUAAAUUGACAUUUCACUCAUUUUGAGGUAUAGGAUUGUUGAUCCCUCGUGUGUACCUGCUCUGCCUGACUCGCGCGCUGACUGAACCAGACUUUUUUUCUCUGUUGGUAGAAAGUUUGAAAACAAGGUGAAUGUAUAGCAUGAUGAUGGAGACGGACCUCCAUUCCCCUGGACCCCAAACGAACACAAAUUCGGGGCAGACGGGACCGAACAGUGGGUUCAAAGCGAAUCAGGACCGGGUGAAGCGUCCGAUGAACGCGUUCAUGGUGUGGUCCCGUGGGCAGCGGAGAAAGAUGGCCCAGGAGAACCCCAAAAUGCACAACUCCGAGAUCAGCAAGCGGCUGGGCGCGGAGUGGAAGGUGAUGACGGAAGCGGAGAAGAGACCCUUCAUCGACGAAGCGAAGCGGUUACGAGCCAUGCACAUGAAGGAGCACCCGGAUUACAAGUACAGACCAAGACGGAAGACCAAAACCCUGCUGAAAAAGGACAAAUACUCUCUGGCUGGUGGCCUGCUCUCUGGGGCUGGCAGUGGUGGAAUGGGUCUGGGUGUCGGGUUGGGUUCAUCCGGGGUCGGCCAGAGGUUAGAGAGCCCCGGGUGCCACGGGGGCUCCGCCAGCUCAGGCUACACGCACAUGAACGGCUGGGCGAACGGUGCGUACUCGGGGCAAGUGGCUGCAGCCGCUGCGGCCGCGGCGAUGAUGCAGGAGGCGCAGCUAGUUUACAGCCAGCACCCGGGCAGCGGGCACCACCACCACUCCCACCACCACCACCACCCGCACAACCCCCAGCCCAUGCACCGCUACGACAUGUCGGCGCUCCAGUACAGCCCCAUCUCGAACUCUCAGGGCUACAUGAGCGCCUCUCCGUCCGGCUACGGCGGGAUCACCUACACGCAGCACCAGAGCUCUGGCGUCUCCUCCUCGGCUGCCAUGAGCACGUUAGGGUCGCUGGUGAAGUCAGAGCCGAGCGGUGUCCAGUAUGAGGACUGUCAUGAGGGACUGUCCAUGGAUCACCAUGGAAACCUGUGAUUGACAGAGAGGCACUAGCCCCGUCUGGCUGGCUGGCAGGCCGUCAUUACGAUGAGCAGGAGGAGAUUUGCUAUACGGCGACAGGACCGUACGAAAAAUGUCAACGAUCGCAAGAGCCCCAGACUUCCUCCCACCCCCCAAGUACCUCAGCUAAUGUUACCUAAUGUUAUCUAAUGUUAUCUAAUGUUAUCUAAUGUUACCUAAUGUUAUCUAAUGUUACCUAAUG